GUCCAGUGAGACUACACGUGAAAGCAGAAACAGGCAGAAAUAAACUUGAAAUUGAAGUGUUUUUAAUUAGUUUUAGUUGAGUAUCUGCGGGCCAGCAUGCUGUACCUGGUGGGGCUGGGGCUCGGUGACGCGACGGACAUCACGGUGAAGGGUCUGGCGGCCGUGAGGGGCUGCAGCCGGGUCUACCUGGAGGCCUACACCUCCAUCCUCACCGUGGGGAAGGAGGCUCUGGAGGAGUAUUAUGGGAUGCCUCUGAUCCUGGCGGACAGGGAUCUGGUGGAGCAGCAGGCGGACGAGAUCCUGAAGGACGCUGACGUGACGGACGUGGCGUUCCUGGUGGUGGGCGACCCGUUCGGAGCAACCACCCACAGUGACCUGGUGCUGAGAGCAGUGCAUGCUGGGAUACCGUACAAAGUCAUCCACAAUGCCUCCAUCAUGAACGCCGUCGGCUGCUGUGGCCUUCAGCUGUAUAACUUUGGGGAGACGGUGUCGUUGGUGUUCUGGACAGAGACGUGGAGACCCGAGAGUUUCUACGACAAAAUCUGUAAAAACAGGAAAGCUGGACAACACACACUCUGCCUGCUGGAUAUUAAAGUCAAAGAGCAGAGCAUCGAGAACAUGAUGAGAGGGAAAAAGAUCUUCGAGCCGCCGCGCUUCAUGACGGUCGGUCAGGCUGCAGAUCAGCUGAUCCAGAUCAUCGAGAGGAGGAGGGAGGAGGGGGGGGAGCUGGGAGUGACGGAGGACACGGUGUGUGUCGGCGUCGCUCGUCUCGGUGCAGACAAUCAGCUGAUCCGCACCGGGACAUUACGCCAGCUGGUGUCAUGUGACCUGGGCGAGCCGCUCCAUUCGCUGGUCGUCACCGGACAUCUGCACCCGCUGGAGGUGGACAUGCUGCGAGUCAACGCUGAACCUGACGCUCUGAAGGACCUGAAGUCCAUCGACAGCUCCACCUUCUGCUCAUAACACACACUCUGACUCUGGGUACAUGUAAGGACCAACACAAACCAUCACAACUACAGUAAAAGAGAAAUAACCCACAACUUCUUGGAUGAUUUAUUUAUCUUUAGGGUUGUUUUUCAUGGAGAAAUUUCUUUAAAAGCAGCUUGUACUUCCUUCAAAUAUCAAGAUGUGCUGCUUUUCUUUGUUAUAUAUCAAAGAAAGAAGCACCUUACUCAUUUUAUAUCAAGUUUAAUUGAAAUUGUAGUCCUACAAAUGUCUCAUUUUAAACCUGAACCAUCUGAAUCAGAAUACAUUUUUAGUCCCACUGUCCCUACAAUGUUGAAAGGUCCUCUUAUGAUGGUUAUGGUAAUACUUGGUCCUCACAAAGACAGUUAAACAAGCCACAACUUUUAUGAUGAUUUCUUUAUCGGUAAUGAUGCGUUAGGGUUGUUUGAUGGAGAAAUGUCUUUAAAAGCAGCUUGUACUUCCUUCAAAUAUCGAGAUGUGCUGCUUUUCUUUGUUAUAUAUCAAAGAAAGAGGAUAUCUAUUGUUUUGAUUUGACGGAAAAAAAGCAACUUACUCAUUUUAUAUAAAGUUUGAUUGAAUAAUUGUAAGUUAAACGCUGAAACUGAUGCUCUGAAGGACCUGAAAUCCAUCGAGUUCCACUUUCUGCUCAUAACACACACUCUGACUCUGGGCGAGAACCCCUUAAUGACAACAAACCAUCAAAACUACAGUAAAAGAGAAAUAAUCCACAACUUUUAUGAUUUAUU